AUGUCGUUCCAUCGGAAUGAUGAAGUGGCGCUUAGUUACCACGAAUGUUGCCUCCGCCUGUCGGAUGUCGAUUUGCUGAAGGGCCCGUUCUGGUUGAACGAUCAAGUCAUAUCGUUCUAUUUCGAGUACCUCGAGAAACAAAUAUUCGAAAACGAACCCGACCUGCUGUUCGUCAGUCCGGAAGUCACACAGUGCAUCCGGAUGGUGGCGCAAGAGGAAGUAGGUAUUUUCCUGGAACCGCUUCGCGCGCAAGAGCGCGCAUUCGUGUUCUUUGCGCUGAAUGACAACCAGGCAGCGGACCGAGCCGGAGGAUCCCACUGGAGUCUGCUGGUGUUUUCGCGCUGCGAGAAAGCUUUCUACCAUUUCGAUUCCUCGCGCAAUGCCAAUGGGGAAUACGCCCGCCACCUGGUAGCGGUGCUGAAACGAGCACUUCGUUGUCCUGAUGCACAAUUACGCACCGGAGACUGCCUGCAGCAAAGUAACGGCUAUGAUUGCGGAGUGCACGUGCUAUGCACAGUGGAUGCCGUCGCGCAGCAGAUUCGCAAAAGUGGCCGAAUCGAAGGUGUUCGUAGCGCCCGUUAUGAUGUGAUACGAUCCAAACGAGAGGAGCUGCUUGGAAUUAUUGUGAAUCUAGGAGGUCGAAUUAAAUAG